GACUGCAUAGUGGAUUUCCGCAAGCUCAUCACCAAGCAGCAGGCGUCAGCAGGGGGAGGCGGCAAGGCCAAGGGGGGGAAGGCAGCGGCAGUACCAAAGGAGGCGCCAAAGAUAGCGGUGGGGGUGGUGUUUGUGGCGGAGCAGUACGGCGGGUGGCAGGCGGAGUGCCUUGGGCUGCUGCAGAAGCACUUCGAUGCGGAGAAACGGGUGUUUAAGGAUGACGCUGGGCUGCUCGAUGCCCUUAAAGCCAGCCCUGUCGGCCAGCGCCCGGACUUCAAGAAGCUGAUGGGGCAGUGCAUGGGGUUCAUCCGAUUCAAGAAGGACGCUGCUCUGCUGCACGGCGCUCAGGCUCUGGACGUGAAGCUGCAGUUUGACGAGGCCAACGUGCUGCGGGAGAAUGCUGACCUCAUCAAGCGUCAGCUGCAGCUGGACCAGUUCUCGGUGUUCCUCACAUCAGACGCCGAUGCCGUUGCUGCCGUCAAUCCCAAGGACGCCUCCCGCGUCUCUGCUGCUGUGCCUGGCUCCCCUGUUGCAAUUUUCUCAGCAGCAUCUUAG